AUGAAAUGCAUUGGCAACUAUCAAUUGGGAAAGACGAUUGGUUCUGGCACUUUUGGAAAGGUGAAAUUGGCAGUUCACAUUCCUACCUAACAAACAGUGGCUAUUAAGAUUAUGAAUAAAUCACGAAUGGUUGAUAUUGUGGAUAUAGAGAGAGUAUAGCGUGAAUUACACAUUCUGAAAAUUGUUAGACAUCCGAAUAUCAUUAUGUUAUAUGAGGUCUUCGAAACAAAUAAAUAUAUUUUCAUUGUGAUGGAAUAUUGCUAAAAAGAACUUUUUAGUUACAUUGUUAAAAAUAAGAAAGUACCAGAAGUUAAUGCAUGUGCUUUGUUUUAAUAACUAUUAUCAGGAAUAGAAUAUUUGCACAAAUUAAAAAUAGUCCAUAGAGACAUAAAACCAGAGAAUCUCUUAAUUAAAGGUCGAAUCAAAAUUGUAGAUUUUGGUCUCUCAAAUACUUAUGAUGAUCUAUUAAAGACUGCUUGUGGAUCACCUUGUUAUGCAGCCCCUGAGAUGAUAUCAGGAAAACUGUACAGUGGUUUAAAAGCUGACAUCUGGAGUAGUGGAGUUGUAUUAUUUGUGAUGUUGUGUGGUUAUUUGCCUUUUGAAGAUGCAAAUACAAAUUAGUUAUAUAAGAAAAUUCUAUCAGCAAAUUAUAAGGUUCCUAAUUUCUUAAGCAGUGAUGCAGUAGAUGUUUUAAAAUUUAUUUUGAAUCCAGAUCCUGAUGAUAGACCUAAUAUUGAUUAAAUUAGAAAGCAUCCUUGGUUCAAUUUAUACAAAACCAGUUUUUAAAUAAAACAAGGGAUUUUAAUUGGAUAACAUAAAAUUCCCAUAGAUAACAAUGUUGUAAGUCAAGUAGAAAAGUUGGGAUAUACAAAAAAGUAUAUCUAUUAAUGUUUAUGUUCAAAUCAACAUAAUGAUGUAACUACAGCAUAUUAUUUGCUGUUGGAUUAAAUAAUUCAGUCUGGAGGAUAAACUUGUGCUGAUAUUGCAUCAGAUUAAUUUCAAGCCUAAUUGAUUGAAUUGAAUUCUUAGACAGCAAAAAGUGAAAUAAAAAUUAAUAUGACAAUGGAGGAUGAGAAAUAAGAUACUAUCACAAUGAAUAACACUACUAAUUACUCCUAAAAAUCUAUCAAGUAGAAGAUCAAAUAAAACAGAAAGAUAUCCCAUGUUUGA